UCUUCAUCCGUCGGAUUGGUAUUGUUCUCGUCUUUUAGCAUUUGUGAAAUGUUCAGGUAAAACAGCAUUCUUCCUGUAGGCGCCGGUAGAUUGUGAAACACCCCAGUGCUGAUGCGGAGAACAUGGAUUAUCCUGCUCCAAGUGAGAAGUACCGCGUAAGGCUCCGCCCUCGGGUGAAAUAUCGUGGUUUAUGGAGACCUGUAGUUCGUCAUGUCGAACCAAAACUAGAGAACGGAGUCCCGAUACUGGACUGUGGACGUUUAAACAUGGAAACAGCGGAUCUGUGUCUGGGGGCGUUGGGGGUGUUGUUGCUGUUAUUCUGCAGUCUGGAUGUGUGGUAUUUCCUCCGGGUGGCGUGGGCGGUGAUCGGUGCCUGGUUCCAGAAGCCGGUCUGGGACGUCCUGGGGGAGCAGAGCGUGCCGGGGCGGGUCCUGCUUCAAGACAUCGACAUGGGACACAUGAACAACGCUCGCUACCUCCGGGAGUGUGACUUCGCCAGGUUCUCCUUGUACAGCCGUAAUGGGGUUUUUAAGGCUUGCAGAGCCCUGAGGGCCACACUCGUGGUAGGGGCCACUACUAUCCGCCUACGCCGGGCCCUUUUUCUCGGGGAAGCAUUUGAGCUACGCACCAGAAUCGUGGUGUGGGACGAGAAGGCCUUUUACCUGGAGCAACGCUUUGUCUCCUGCAGGGAUGGUCUAGUAGCAGCUGUCAUGUUCUGUAAACAGAAUGUCAUCCGCAGCAGCCCUGAAAAAAUACUACAAUAUCUCUGCAAGAGAAAGGUGGAGUGUCCAGACUACCCUGAAGAGCUCCAGCACUGGAUCAGCUUCAUCUCAGCCAGCAGUCAGGCCCUGAGAGCCCAGAGUGGACUGAAGGACACUACAACAGAGAGUUCCCAAGCGAACGUUGAAGAACAGGAGAAUGCUGGAGAACAGGAACAUCUAAAAGACAAGGACAAGUGAAUUGGUGGUUUGUUUUGGUUGAUUAUUUGUAAUGAACAACAGCCUCUACUCAGUCAGGUCUGGGGUGUAUUCAUUUGGGGAUGUAACAUUUUACCAAACAGAAGUGAAGCAGUUUGCUACAAAAACCUGCCUAUUUCAUAAUUCUUUUGACAUAAAGUGUAGGAAGCUUCCUUCAUUUGUCUGGUCAAAGCUAUGGAAAAACACAUCACAACUUAAACUUCAUCUGUCUUCACUCUGAUCUCCUGUCUGCUGGUGAGUUCACUGGCACUGUCUUUCUCAAAUAGAAGUCACUUGCAAAGAUCUGAGAGGAUGUGACCGUUAUAAGCAAUGUUGUGAAAUGACAUUUCCCAUUAAAGGGGCAGUUGGAGCUGUUUCCAGGCGGAUUAGACCUGAAGAUCCUCUCCAGUCUGAAGUGCAUUGAGUGUAGAGUCAGUUUGAGACAUUAGACAAUUCAGGAUUGUUGUGACCUGUUUUCUGCAAUUUCUGGUGGGGGUUGCCACUUGUCUGUGCUGACCAUUCCUUGGACGAAUUGUUCAUGUGUCAAGUGGGUAAAUUGCAUUUGUUUAUGUUGUUGCUAAAUAAAAUCACUUUUGAUUUGAAUAUU